CAAAUCCAAUUUUCAUUGACUCUCCGGUUUUAUAGACUUGGCUCUCAUGUCUUCCUUAAGCGCUCUUGGCUCAACACCAAGUGACAAGGUGUUUUGGGAAAAUAGAGAGUCAAGUUGAUUAAAGCCGAGAGUAAAAAACUUGAGUGGUUAUUACUCGAUUCACUUGGGAGGUGCAUAUUCUCAAGUAUUUGACAUGUUUUUCCAGCACUUUCAUUUGCUUUAGCCUUUAGCCUUAGCUUUAACUUGUUAUCCUUUAUGUUACUAAUAUGGUUCUCUCACCAGUUUAUGUUAUUGAUAGUUUUCUACUAUGAUUAGUGUUCAUUGUCUUGUUUUUGGUUUUGAUUAUCUUAGCUACACUUUUUGUUUACUGUUGUAAAAAAAGGAGAUUUUAGAGCCUAGGGUCUCAAGCUUCUCUAUCUUCCGGGAUAAAUGAAAGGUUUGGCCUCGUCCCACCCUCCCCAGGCCCUACGAGUAGCGAAAUGCUAUGAGUGAGAUUUUACUGGGAUUCUGAUCUUUUCAAUGUCGACUAUCAGUUUGUUUUCUAUGUUGAUCCUUCUCGUUCUUGAAGUUCAUUCUAUUCCAAGUUAUUUUCCAAACAUCCACUAUGAUCUAAGCUCCGUUGUUCAUCGCAUUACUGGCAGAAGUGAUGGCAGAGUAGAUCGUUCGGUUGAAAUGAUCUCAUGGGAGCCUAGAGCCGUCAUCUAUCAUAAUUUCCUGUCGAAAGACGAGUGCGAACACGUAAUUAAUAUCGCUAAACCUCAUAUGAAAAAGUCGACAGUUAUUGACAAGAUAAAGGGUGAGAUCGAAGAUAAAUGGUUUCGUACAGGUUAUAUUACAAAUCUUGAGCGAGGACAAGAUGAAACCAUUGGAGCUAUUGAGAAAAGGAUUGCAGACCUCACCUUCUUACCUGUAGAGUAUGGCGAAGGAUUUGAAGUUCUCCGGUAUGAAGUAGGUCAGAAAUUUGUAAUUCAUCAUGACUAUCCUAUUGGUGAACAUUUCACCAAGGACGGGGGUCAUACGGUGGCUACAAUUGUGAUAUACCUAUCAGAUGUUGAAGAAGGGGGUGAGGAAGUAUUCCCUUUGGCAAAGGGAAACAUUAGUGCUUUAGCUUGUUGGAAUGGAAAAUAUACAACACAUGAUGGAAAAGGUGGUGGAGGGUUAUCUGUUAAACCAAAAAUGGGGGAUGCCUUACUUUUCUGGAACAUAAAACCUGAUGGAACUAUGGAUCUUUCAAGUCUUUAUGGUGGGUGCCCUGUUAUCAAGGGAAGCAAGUGGUCCGCUACAAAAGGGAUUCACUUCAAAGAGUUUAAGUCUUGGGACUAAUUUUGGUUCAAAAAGGCACUUCUAAUUCUUUAAGAAGAUUUUACCUACUUUUGUAAUGUUUUGAUAUUAAAAUCAAAAGAAGUUGCAGCAAACAGAACUAGUGCACUCUGUGAAUCUGUGAUGGGCAUGUUGUUCCUCAUAAAACUGUUUUUAGUAAACAA